UUCGUUCCCAAUAGAAUGACACUUUCAUUAUCAGCCAGUUAACAAAUUAACCAUAAGAAUGGAAAUCAUCCGAAUCAUAUCUACUCUACUCAUUUGUUUCACACUAUUCAUGUUAUCUUCAUUUUCAUUUGCUACUCCACUGUUAGAUCACGAAAUGAAGACGACUCUCUCUUCAAGUCCUAGAAAGCUGAAACUCAAUGAACAGCCAAAUCAGGUGAAAAGCAAGGGAGAUCAAAAGCAUUUGGUCCCAUUCAAUACUGCAAACCAAGUUUCAUUACCAGGUAAAGAACAUGAGCAAGAAGCUGCAAAAAUGGUGAAAGCAAGAAAAGGAACAAGGCAAGAGUGGGUUGAAGGGAAAGACACUUCUGAUUUCUUUACAAUGGAUUAUCAUUGGGUUAGAAGACGACGUCCCAUACAUAACAAGUCAAUUCGCCCAUGAAAACCGGCAUCUUA